AGGAAGAAGGAGAUGAGGCAAAAAGGAGUGGAGGAGGGCCGUGGAAGGAGGAACGCCAUCCAUCUGAACGGGUUGUAUACGGUAGAGACUGUGGUGGUGGCAGACUCAGACAUGGUGCAGUACCACGGGGCGGAGGCCGCGCAGAGAUUCCUGCUCACCGUCAUGAACAUGGUAAGGAUGCUUGACACGCUCAUAUGCAUGCAUACAUGAACACACACACACACGCAUAUGCAUACACACACGCACACGCACACACACACACACACACACACACACACAUUAUGUUCUUCUAUCCUCGUGGGGACCUAAAAUUAAUUUACAUUCAAAAUCCUAUUUUCCCUAACCCUAACCCUUACCAUAACCCUAACCCUAACCUUAACCCUAACCCUAACCCUAACCCUAACCCUAAACCUAACCACUAACCCCUUACCCUUACCCUAACCAGAAUUGUAACCCUAACCCUAAUUGUAACCCUAACCCCUAAGUUUAAAAUAGCCUUUGUCUUCAUGGGGACGUGGGAAAUGUCCCCACCAGGGAGAAUUGUCCUUGUUUUACUAUCCUUGUGGGGACUUCUGGGGAUUUUAGGUCUGAUUAAGCCUUUGAGUUUUAGACACACUGUUGAGCGGCUCACUACCAUGUUUGAAAGGUUAAAGACACGUUAACAUGCUCCAUUUUGACGAUGCCACCUCCCAUGUUUCUCUUGGCUUUGUGCUAGCUGGUUUAGCUCCUAGAGACCAGCCAGUACCAGAGAACUGAACUGCUGUUUCUCUAUGUCCGUCCGAAAUGGCACCCUAUUCCCUACAUAGUACACUACCUAUGGGCCCUGAUCAAAAGUAGUGCACUGUGUAGGGUGCCAUUUGGGACUCAGCCUGUGUUUCUCACCCUACAGUUUCUCAUUAAAACUCCCUGAACAGCCAACUGAUUCAACCUGCUGCUCACAGGGCAGAGCAGUUAGAGCCCAACAGUGACUUGGGCAGCAGAGCAAGAAACCAGAGGGGGGGAUAGACAAGAGGAGAGGAGGGAGGGAGGGUAAGAGAGAGGAGGGAGAGAGGGUAUGCGAGUGUGGUAGGCAAGAGCCAAGGGGGGAGGUUGAGAGAGGAGGGAGAGAGGGAGAGGGGUAGGCAGGUUGCUCACAGACAGAAAUGUUGGAGAGGCAGUCCAACAAUGACUUGGGCAGGAGAGCAACAGGCCAGAGGGGGAAAGAGGAGGGAGGGAGACAGAGAGGGAGGGAGACAGAGAGGGAGAGAGAGACAGAGAGAGAGAGAGAGGAGAGAGAGAGAGAGAGAGAGAGAGAGAGAGAGAGAGAGAGAGAGAGCAGCGAGAGAGAGAGAGAGGAGAGAGAGGAGAGAGAGCGAGCGAGAGAGAGAGAGAGAGGAGAGAGAGAGAGAGAGAGAGAGAGAGGGGGGAAAAGGCAUUAGUGAAGGAAGGAUGGCGAGAGAGAAGAGAGACAGGAGGAAAGGAGGGAGGGAGAGGAGGGAGAGGGUGAUAAGCCAACUGCUUAAACAACGUUCCGAGGCAGAGCUGUUGGAGAGAGAUCAACACAGCAGUACAGCCAGCCAAGGUCUGGGCAGGGGAGAGAGGGAGGCAGAACUGUUGGAGAGAGAUCAACACAGCAGUACAGCCAGCCAAGGUCUGGGCAGGGGAGAGAGGGAGGCAGAGGAGCGAGGGAGGCAGGGGAGAAAAGAGAGAGAGAGAUGGGGGUGGGGGGGGCAGCCUAGUCAGUUUUCAUUGGCAGGCAUACUCCCUGGUCAUACCUUCACAGUACACUGUGGAAAUAGCUCCAGGUUAACCAUAUAAGAAGAAGAAUCAGAAAGGGAAACAGCCUCAAAAACAAACAACUAGGGAUUUGUAUAGAACAUAUCAAGUGGGGGAAGCACUAUAAUACACUAGUAGAUCUUUGUAGAUUGAAGGUGCUUCUUCCAAUUAACCCCAUAACCAAUUAAGGGGUUAAUUGGUGAGAACUAGUGAGUUGUGUUUGAUAACUAGUGAGUUUGUUGAUAACUGGUGAGGUUGUGUAUGGCCUGGUAAAAACCUGAGAAGAACUGGAAAUAUCCUGGAAAAUGAUUUCUUGAAAAGAGUCUGGUAACUACAGUCACUGCCAGAACUCCCAUCAGCAGCCUCCUGUGGAAUAGGGUGCCAUUUGGGAUGCUUGGUGUGUUUGGCCAGUCUACUGGGUUGGGAGAUAAUCCACUUUGUUAUUUUACAGUCACAGACACAGUUUUCUAUGUAAUCUCCUUUUGAAAACAUUUUGGAAGAUCUUCUGAGCUGAGAGAGACUGAUUUGGACUAUGUAUGUGGGGAAGGAAAAGGGGUUACCUAGUCAGUUGCACAACUGCAUUUAACCCAACCCCUCUGAAUCAGAGAGGUGCGGGGGGCUGCCUUAAUUGACGUCCACGUCAUUGGCGCCUGUGGAGCAGUUGUUGUUUGGGGGUAACUGUGUUGUUCAAGGGCAGAACGGCAGAUAUUUCUACCUUGCCGGAUCAGGGAUUCGAACAAGCGACUUUUCGGUUUCUGGCCCAACACUCUUAACCGUUUUUCGGUCUCAGAAAUGUAACAUUGUCUCAAUAUGUAGGGCUAUGUAUUAUUUAAAUUAUGUUUUAUAAGCUUCUGUCAUCUAUGAACAUUUUAAUGUGGAGUUUUUGGGUUGAGAUUUGGACACAGAAUUGUAUUAUAAUUCAGUCGAUCUUGUGAAGUAACUCUACCUUGGUGUUUUCAGAUCAAUGUCAAUUAAAUCAUUAUUUUACAUGUUUCAUAGUCGUUUGUUUACUGGCCGUGUGGUCAUUUUUAGAAAGAAAACAAAGUAGAUUUGUGUGUGUGUGUCUUUUCUUGCCAGUUCUGCUCUAGGCUCAACUGCUGCUGCCUUAACUUCAUUACCACAGUAGAUUACCAGCUUUAGUCAGUGUACAGAGACAGAGAGACAGUGUGCGGGGCACCGGCUAGUUGAGGUAGUUGAAGUAAUAUGUACAUGUGGGUAUAGUUAAAGUGACUAUGCGUAAAUAAUUAACAGAGUAGCAGCAGCGUAAAAAGAUGAGGUGGGGGGUGGGGUGGGGUGGCAGUGCAAAUAGUCCAGGUAGCCAUGAUUAGCUGUUCAGGAGUCUUAUGGCUUGGGGGUAGAAGCUGUUGAGAAGUCUUUUGGACCUAGACUUGGCACUCCGGUACCGCUUGCCGUGCGGUAAAAAGAUGGGGUGGGUGGGCAGUGCAAAUAGUCCGGGUAGCCAUGAUUAGCUGUUCAGGAGUCUAAUGGCUUGGGGGUAGAAGCUGUUGAGAAGUCUUUUGGACCUAUACUUGGCACUCCGGUACCGCUUGCCGUGCGGUAGCAGAGAGAACAGUCUAUGACUAGGGUGGCUGGAGUCUUUGACAAUUUUGAGGGCCUUCCUCUGACACCGCCUGGUAUAGAGGUCCUGGAUGGCAGGAAGCUUGGCCCCAGUGAUGUACUGGGCCGUACACACUACCCUCUGUAGUGCCUUGAGGUCGGAGGCCAAGCAGUUGCCAUACCAGGCGGUGAUGCAACCAGUCAGGAUGCUCUCGAUGGUGCAGCUGUAUACUUUUUUGAGGAUCUGAGGAACCAUGCCAAAUCUUUUCAGUCUCCUGAGGGGGAAUAGGCUUUUUCGUGCCGUCUUCACGACUGUCUUGGUGUGUUUGGACCAUGAUAGUUCGUUGGUGAUGUGGACACCAAGGAACUUGAAGCUCUCAACCUGUUCCACUACAGCCCCGUCGAUGAGAAUCUCCUUUGUCUUGGUCACAUUGAGGGAGAUGUUGUUAUCCUGGCACCACACGGCCAGGUCUCUGACCUCCUCCCUAUAGGCUGUCUCAUCGUUGUCGGUGAUCAGGCCUACCACUGUUGUGUCGUCGGCAAACUUAAUGAUGGUGUUGGAGUCGUGCCUGGCCAUGCAGUCAUGGGUAAACAGAGAGUACAGGAGGGGACUGAGCACGGACCCCUGAGGGGCCCCCGUGUUGAGGAUCAUUGUGGCAGAUGUGUUGUUACCUACCCUUAUCACCUGUGGUCAUCUUCUAUCGAGUAGUGUGGUCGUCUUCUAUUGAGUAGUGUGGUCAUCUUCUAUUGAGUAGUGUGGUCAUCUUCUAUUGAGUAGUGUGGUCGUCUUCUAUUGAGUAGUGUGGUCGUCUUCUAUUGAGUAGUGUGGUCGUCUUCUAUUGAGUAGUGUGGUCGUCUUCUAUUGAGUAGUGUGGUCGUCUUCUAUUGAGUAGUGUGGUCGUCUUCUAUUGAGUAGUGUGGUCGUCUUCUAUCGAGUAGUGUGGUCGUCUUCUAUCGAGUAGUGUGGUCGUCUUCUAUUGUCUUGACUAUGAUGGAUUCCAAGCCCGUUUUCAAAUGAUUACUUGGGUGAUUAUUGGCACAAAACCAAUGUUUUUUAGCCAGCCCUGGUCAAGCUGCGACCCGCAAGAAAUCAGCAACUAACCAUCCACCAUGUAGGAAACACAGGGGAUACAGUUGAAGUCGGAAGUUUACAUACACCUUAGCCAAAUAGAUUUUAACUCAGAUUUUCACAAUUCCUGACAUUUAAUCAUAGUAAUAAUUCCUUGUCUUAGGUCAGUUAGGAUCACCACUUUAUUUGAAGAAUGUGAAAUGUCAGAAUAAUAGUAGAGAGAAUUAUUUAUUUCAGCUUUUAUUUCAUUCAUCACAUUCCCAGUGGGUCAGAAGUUUACAUACACUCAAUUUGUAUUUGGUAGCAUUGCCUUUAAAUUGUUUAACUUGGGUCAAACGUUUUGGGUAGCCUUCCACAAGCUUCCCACAAUAAGUUGGGUGAAUUUUGGCCCAUUCCUCCUGACAGAGCUGGUGUAACCGAGUCAGGUUUGUAGGCCUCCUUGCUCGCACACGCUUUUUCAGUUCUGCCCACACAUUUUCUAUAGGACUGAGGUCAGGGCUUUGUGAUGGCCACUCCAAUACCUUGACUUUGUUGUCCUUAAGCCAUUUUGCCACAACAUUGUCCAUUUGGAAGACCCAUUUGCGACCAAGCUUUAACUUCCUGACUGAUGUCUUGAGAUGUUGCUUCAAUAUAUCAACAUUAUUUUCCUUCCUCAUGAUGCCAUCUAUUUUGUGAAGUGCACCAGUCCCUCAUGCAGCAAAGCACCCCCACAGCAUGAUGCUGCGAACCCCGUUCUUCACGGUUGGGAUGGUGUUCUUUGGCUUGCAAGCAUCCCCCUUUUUCCUCCAAACAUAACGAUGGUCAUUAUGGCCAAACAGUUCUAUUUUUGUUUCAUCAGACCAGAGGACAUUUCUCCAAAAAGUAUGAUCUUUGUCCUCAUGUGCAGUUGCAAACCGUAGUCUGGCUUUUUUAUGGCGGUUUUGGAGCAGUGGCUUCUUCCUUGCUGAGCGGCCUUUCAGGUUAUGUCGAUAUAGGACUCGUUUUACUGUGGAUAUAGAUACUUUUGUACCUGUUUCCUCCAGCAUCUUCACAAGGUCCUUUGCUGUUGUUCUGGGACUGAUUUGCACUUUUCGCACCAAAGCACGUUCAUCUCUCGGAGACAGAACGCGUCUCCUUCCUGAGCGGUAUGACGGCUGCGUGGUCCCAUGGUGUUUAUACUUGCGUACUAUUGUUUGUACAGAUGAAUGUGGUACCUUCAGGCGUUUGGAAAUUGCUCCCAAGGAUGAACCAGACUUGUGGAGGUCUACAAAUAUUUUUCUGAGGUCUUGGCUGAUUUCUUUUGAUUUUCCCAUGAUGUCAAGCAAAGAGGCACUGAGUUUGAAGGUAGGCCUUGAAAUACAUCCACAGGUACACCUCCAAUUGACUCAAAUUAUGUCAAUUAGCCUAUCAGAAGCUUCUAAAUCCAUGACAUAAUUUCCUGGAAUUUUCCAAGCUGUUUAAAGGCACAGUCAACUUAGUGUAUGUAAACUUCUGACCCACUGGAAUUGUGAUACAGUGAAUUAUAAGUGAAAUAAUCUGUCUGUAAACAAUUGUUGGAAAAAUGCACAAAGUAGAUGUCCUAACCGACUUGCCAAAACUAUCGUUUGUUAACAAAAAACUUGUGGAGUGGUUGAAAAACGAGUUUUAAUGACUCCAACCUAAGUGUAUGUAAACUUCCGACUUCAACUGUACGUCCCAAAUGGUACCUUAUUCCCUACAUAGUGCACUACUUUUGACCAGAGCCAUAUGGGCUACACCACCUUCAACACUCAUAUCAGCUGUUUAGUUUGGGUGUAUCAGUGAAGUACACUAAUUAAGUAAUUAAGUACACUAACAAAUGAUUGUUAGUAAUGUUAAUUGUUGAUUAAUUGUUGAUUUAAAUGAUGAUGAUGAUGAUGAUGAUAAUAAUGUGGGCGAUACUCUUGCAGGUGUACAACAUGUUUAACAGCAAGACUCUGGGCGUCAGAAUCAACAUACGGGUCACCAAGCUGGUCCUGCUCCACAACCGCCCAGUAAGUUCUGACCUCAAACCUUUGACCUUCUUUGACCUUCCAUGACCUCUCUUGAACCUUCUGACCCCCACAUACUAAGUCGUUGAAGAUUCAGGGCCCACCCAACUGUUUUUCUACUUAGUUUUAUCAUUGGCCUCAGGACUUGUAAUGUAUCCUCUGUGUGUAUGUGCGUGCAUGCGUGCGUGCGUGUGUGUGUGCAUGUGUAUGUGUGAGAAAGAGAGAGAGUGAGAGAGAGACAGAGAGAGAAAAAGAGAAGGAAUGUGUUUGUGCGUGUGUGUGUGUGAGAGAGAGUUUCCCACUGUUUUCCCCAUCCUAAUUGAUUUAUCUCUCUACUCUAACAGGGCCCCGGAGAGCCAGUCUAAAUUGGUGUCAAGUGUGUGUGUGUGUGUGUGCAUCUCGGCAGAGCAGUACUGAUAAGAGUCAGUAUAAUAACGUGUCUGGGUCCAGCAUCUUUAAAUAGCUAUCUCUCCCUAAACUCCCUCAGCACGGCUCCGGGGUGAAGUUUCCCCUAGUUCAGAUCUAGGAUCAGCUUCCCCUCCCCCAAUCCUAAACUUAAUCAUUAGUGGUGAAAAACAAUAAUUGACCAGAAAUCAGUGUUUAGGGGGAACUUCACCCUACACCCUCAGCAGGGCUUUAUACCUCAAUAAUAUUACUGUAUAUAAUGUCCCGUGCCAAAACAAAGCUACAGGGUCGAUGUCGCCCUUAUGCACAGAUCUAGGACCAGCUUGGAAAAGGCUCAACCGACCUUCAGACAGCUUUCUUGAGGACACUUCAUCCUACUACAAGGGCUUUUGUCCCUUCUCCUCUUUCCACAGGGAGGGAGAGGUCCUGGGAGAGCUCCUAUCAAUUCUCCUCUAUUAUUUCUCCUUGUUUAUACGCCUUGUCUCCUUCCCACGUCUCCUUCCCGGACCCUGUGUGUGACUCUGUCCUGUUUUCUCCACAGGACAGGCUGAAGGUGGGCCACCACGGAGAGAGGUCUCUGGAGAGAUUAUGUCCUCAUCGCCUUUCCUUAUCUCCUUGUCUUGUCUCCUUUCCUGUUUCCUCCACAGGACAGGCUGAAGGUGGGCCACCACGGAGAAAGGUCCCUGGAGAGCUUCUGUCAGUGGCAGUGGGAGGAGUAUGGCGGCCCCCGUUACCUAGGCAACAAUUACGUGCCCGGGGGCAGGGACGACAUUCCACCUGUGGACACGGCCGUGCUCGUCACUAGGUAA